AUUAUUGUUGAUGAUAUCUGCGAAGCGAAGACCAUAAUAGUCUAACUAUUAGUAGACCCUAGCCUAAGUCUACGAGUCUCGUAGCAGAAGUUUUGUGAGAGUGGUCAAGGCUCUGUGAUGAGCCAAGGAGAAAUAAGGGUCUUGAAUGGUGACCAAACUGCAACGAAGACAGAGCGAGGUUUGGCUGGCAACUCGAGCUGCACUCUAAGCGAUCCCCUGGCAUUCUCGCCUGUCUACGUCGACAGAGGAAUAAUUCUGGUGUGAAAACGGCAACUACUUUGUAGUGCUGUGAAGCAGCGACUCGAGGAAGGUGAUCACUCGCGGACAACUAAAAUCAAUGUUGUGACAUUGAACAGAGAAAAAACCCAGUUGAUGAAGGAGUAGCCUGACCGCUGACGUACCAUGACAACCCUGCUGAGGACGUGUCGCUUGUCGGGACCGGCGCAGACGAUCACCUCUACACCGACACCAUGUGGUAACGCAGUGCUCGGUCUCUUCAUGCAGCGGUGUUAUUCUCCUCUAGCGUACACUACAUCACCUAGGAGAGCGGCGGCAGGCGGAUGCUCAGCCAUUCUGCCAAGCUGUAUGCAGAACAUUACAACACAGGGACACCUGGCACGGAUGCACAUCCCUGGCACGGCACUAGCGAUUCGAUCCGUAUCCGCGUUAGCACGGCAACGGUGCACUCGGGCGGACUCGCCGCGAUGUCAGACCUCGUACCCUGGCAGCUCCGCGUCCACGUCUGGCGCUAGCCAUGCCGUCUUCCGUCGCUUUUCCUCGUCCUGGCCACUUUCGGAUCUGCCGCCGGAGCUUGCCACAAAGUGGCGCCACCUGUGGCUCAAGAUGGUCGGCGCGGCGAUAGUCGUUGUGCUUGCCAGUGUGUUGUCGGGGCCGAUAUUGGCGGACUUGUGGAGUGAUAUGUCGAAGACGAAUGUGCCGAACCAGAACGAAGUACCCAUGCCAGCAAGCUUGGAGUUACUGACCGGCAAGGAACUGGCACGGUUCACUGGGCGCUUUGUCCGGGGCGAGACUGUACUCGUCGGUCCCGUCUUGUUCAAGACUCUCCUUGCGGCCGAUCAGAGCGGCUUCAUGAGCCAGGUCGUCAACCCGUUCACACACGUGUCCGGCUACCAGGUGGUUGUGCCGUUCUACUGCAACGAGACAAAGUCCAAGGUACUCGUCAACAUAGGUUGGCUGGCCGGAGUAAGCCUGCAGCGCUACCUACGCUACCACCACGGCGAAAUGGUGGAGAAGCAACAGGAGAAAGGCUUCACUAUGCUGGGCAUGCGUAUGGCGAUGAAAAGCGACAAGCUGCAGUGCUGGGAUGGCCGGGAGCACACCGUCACUGACCUGGCAGCGGAGUGCAAGACCGAGCCGUUCGUCAUGGAGAUCAUUCGCGGUCCGUUUCUGGAUUACGACCAUCCACGUGCUGGCGCCCUUGUAACGACCAGCUAUCUAUCGUGGCGCAAGAUCAAGAACAUGUUUGGUUAUGACCAGCCGCGCACCAUUCAGGACUGCAUCGAACCGGAAGGAACCAUCAACAUCAUGUACACUUCACUUCUACCGCAACUCAUGGCUGCCUUCACUGCCGUCGCACUUGCGCUGUACGUCAGGCGUGGCUUCAAGAAUGCCGGCACGUUCUACCGGCAGUACCUGCAGUUGAAAGCUGAAACGGCGCUGAGCAAACCCAAGAGGAAAGCCUCCAGUCGACAGCAGCUGAAGGGCUAGACUGUACCGUACAGCAUGACAUCAUUAUUACAUCAUGGAUGUGACCAGAUACCAGACGCCUACAUGCAUGAUGAUGCUGCAUGGAGCACGUGCGUGCAUACGUAUCCGGAUGACAUCAUCAUUACAUCAUGGAUGUGAUCAGAUACCAAGCUUACAUGCAUGCUGCAUGGAGCCAGGACUCCCCAAGAGCAGGUGCAUAUGUAUCCGAAUGACAUCAUCGUUACAUCAUGGAUGCGAUCAGAUACCAGGCUUGCAAGCCGGCUGUGCGGAGGAGCAUGUGCAAAUGUGUCUGACCUGAACGUCCUGUAUUGUGCAGUCAGUUUGUGCGUGGCCCACAUGAUCUCAGACAUGAUGUCCCCAGCGGCAGAGGACGGCAUUUCCAGCUUGCGCAGGAUUGGGCCCGCAUGACUUCAGACUUGAUGGCGUCAGAGGCAGAGGACGACAUCUCCAGCUUGCGCAGGAUUUUCGAACACAGCCGCAUUCCCAGCCCUGGCACCGGUAGCCUGAAACCCUGUGGACACAGAGUCAGCCAUUCGACGUGCCAUACCUGGUACAGAGAAGACGGUUUAUCAGAUACCAGACUCACUCAGCAGUUUGCAGUCCAGACCGUGGGUUUUGAGUUUAGCGGUACGGCAAUCCGCUUUGCUUUUCGGCCACACACCUCAUCCGCAAAUUGGGAGAGCUUCUGAUGCUCGCCCCGAGAAUAUUUUCUUAGAUAUUGAAAUUUCCACCUGUCAAUGCUGCUACUGUGCACAGUACGUUGUUUCCGUUGGACCGGGUCAUUGGUAUUUAAAAAUUGUUUGGUUGACGGCAUGUUACAAGGCGGACGACGCACCGUGUUCGGAAACAGUGCUCCUGACUACAACCAUCCACGGUUGGCAGAGCCCCGGUCCUGCGAUCAUUUGAACCGUAUGGCCCUAUGGGUGUUACUGUAUAAGCAGAAAUAUUCGUCUGGAAUUUAUUUUCGUCUUUUUCGUCCAAGGGACGUUUGGACUAAAUUAAAUGCUGGACUAUUGUCGAUUUGCCCAGCUUUUCUAUACACUCUUAUGAUCCAUGGACGAAAUUUUCAACCGGACGAACUCCCUUUCUUUGGAGUUUGACGAAAUUAUUGACCGACGAAAUUUUCUGCCUCUGCAGUAUCCCUGGUUCUGAUCUAAUACCGUAUUUAAAUCUUGUUGCCGAUGAACCUGUGAAAAGGCAACGGUAGUGAUGUGAUUGCGUGAUUUUAUUUUUCAUGCUGUGAAGUUCCGGUUGGAUAUUUAUGACGUCAUAGGCAAUACACUGUUAUAUCGAA